AUGGCGGUGGCAAAACUGCCUUCCCCAUCUGAAGUUUCUGAAAUGGAAGGACCAAAAGCCAUUGCGACUAUCCUGAACUAUUGUCAGCCUUUUGCAUCUGUAUCCAGAAAAUACAAUUACCUGAUGUUUAAAAUACUUAAAUUCCAGAGGCUGAGACAAUUUAUUCAUGAAAAUUCCUUCUCUUAUCCUCGGAGUCAUAGUCCAACUUCACCUGUUUGUGGGGUAGCAGAAAAUAGUCAGGAUAUGGAAAACACCGAGACUAAUGAUUACACCCAGUCUUACAAGUACGCCAAUUCUACUGACCACACCCAGACUUUCCAGUACACAGAUGCUAGUGACAACAUUCAGUCUUUCCAGUACAAUAAUACUAUUGACAACACCUGGACUUUCCAGUACAAUAAUACUAUUGACAACACCCAGACUUUCCAGUACACUGGUACUGUUGACAACACUCAGCCUUUCCAGUACAAUAAUACUAUCGACAACACAACAUUCCAGUACAAUGAUACUAUUGACAACACACGGACUGUACAGUACAAUAAUACUAUUGACAAUACACAGACUUUACAGAACACUGAUACUAUCAACAACACACAGGCUUUUCAGUACAUGGAUUCUAUCUACAACACUGAGGGUAUCCAGAACACUGAGAACAAUGCUGUUUUCCAUUCUAAAGAUUCCCAGGCAAUAGUAUUUGCUAGGUCUUCACGAGAGAGGAAGUAUCAAGAAACUCCACCAAGUCCUAUAUAUACUGCCCAAACCUACCAGCAGUAUUACAAAUUUAGAAAUGUGCCUGGCUCUUCUACAAUGACCUACUACCGUGACUUAGAAAAUCCUAAUAGGGGCACCAUUACCUCUAUCACUUCUGCAAGGAAGACAAGUACACUCUCUCCACGGGAGCUCAUCCCCAUACAGAAUUUCAAAAUGAGGCAAUUGGCCUUGCUGGAAGCUCAACAAACACCUGUGAUUGAUCAUAAUAACACUUUUGGUGAGUUUGGAAUGGUACCAAUGAUUAAUAUUCUCUAA